UUCACAAGAACUCGAUUUUCAUUUUUCUGAUAAAAUGGCGAAACUGGCCGUAACUGUCGCCGUCGUCUUCCUCUUAUUGGCCGUUUCUCCUGCUCACUUUCAGGAGGUAGAUCUGCUGGAACAUGACGCUGCCGCUACCGUAGAGACUGAAGCUUCACUGUCGGAAAACCAGAAAGCAAUCUUCCUACCUAGCGAGGAUGUCGGAUUCGACACCGCAAAUCUCGAGUUCAAGUCUCAGGAUGCCGAGUCUAAACCCGAGAUUUCAGAGGUGGAAACUGGUCCAGACACUCACAACGUGCCGCUGACAGUGAUUAGCUCCCGUCCCAACAACAGUCAGUUCACUAGGCGCCCCUUCCUUCCUUUACACCGUCGCCACCGUCUCAAUUGCCGUCAACGCCGCCAGUUCAGGCCGUGGGAUCCGCAAUUCCAGAAGCAUCAUGCUAUUCCCUUUGGUGACGAUAUGAUCAGGUCCGCUGAUGGGAUGAACUUUGACACGGUGCAUCCAGGCGGGUUAAGAAAGGUACCGGCGAAGUGGGGGAGCUUUCAGCGGCGCCAUGAGGGGCCCAGGUUUUUUUUCAGGGAUGAGACGAUGUUCAGAGGUCCACGCCACUUCCACGGAGAGGAAGAGAAUGAUAGAAAGGUCAGGGAUGAGGCGUUCUUCAGAGGUCCACGUCACUUCCACGGGGAUGAAGAGAAUGAUAGAAAGGUCAGGGAUGAGGCGUUCUUCAGAGGUCCACGUCACUUCCCCAUGGAACAAGAGAAUGAGAGAAAGUUCAAGGAUGCCGCGAUCUUCAGAGGUCCACGUCACUUUCACGGGGAGGAAGAGAAUGAGAGAAACGGGUACGAGCACCACCAUCAUCACCACGAGCACCACCGCCACGAGGAAGAAGAAGGUGGGUUCCUGAAGAAAUUUCGAAAGUUUUUGAACCAUUUUUGAGGAGAUAUCAGUCCAGACUCCAUAGUGAUGCUGAUGCAUCAGCAUAGAUUACUAUUUACGGCCUUUUCUUUUGUGUUCUUCAAAACCAAAAGAAAAAAAGCUCUAUGUGUGUUGUUGCCUACAUACUACUUUUCGUGUGAAUAAUCAAUAAUUUCAGAUCAGCGAGGGUGAGAGAUGUUCCAUUUUCUUGUUUGUAUAUCCUUGUUUAAUAUAUAUGUAGUAUAUAU